AUGCCGAAAUCCAAUGAAUCGAUUUCUGAGGAUAAAAUAUUAAAAAAAACUGAAGUACUUGAUGCCUGUAAUGUAAAGAUUGAAAAAAAUACUAAAAAUGAAUCACAAGUUCCUGAAGAAAUAAUAGAAAUUGAUUUUAAUGAUCCCUCUUCUUGGCCACCAAUUACUGAUAAAAUUCGUACAUUAUUGAUUGAUCAUAGUCCCGAACAGGGUAAAAACUCUGAUUUUUAUUUUCCUGAAAAUAUAACUGACAAAAGGCGAUUUACAAUAAAUUGGUUCACUAAAAUUCUACCAAAUGGUGAAAAGGUUGAGCGUUCUUGGCUAUUGUACAGUGAUAAAACUAAAUCUUUAUAUUGCUUUCCGUGUAUACUUUUCGAAAACAAAACAAUGACUUCUCCAUCAAUAACAGAUCCUCAAAAAGGAUUUAAUAAUUGGAAAAAGUUAAAUCCCAAAAUACCUGACCACGAGAAUAGUAAUAACCACCGUACAAAUAUGUUUGAAUGGACUGAUUUCAAAACUAAUUUAAAUAAAAAUAAUACAAUUGACUAUGAACUGCAACUAGAAAUUAAUAAUGAAAAGGAAAAAUGGAAACAUAUUUUAAAAGUUGUGAUUGACUGUGUUAGAUUUUGUUGCGUAAACAAUUUAGCUUUGAGAGGAUCUAAUUGUGAUAUAGAAAAACCUGGCUGUGGAAUAUUCUUAAAUUUAAUUAGUCUAAUUAGCAACUAUGAUUCUGUUUUAUCAAGUCACUUAAAAUGUCAUGGCCAAACCACAUAUUUAUCAAAUAAAAUCCAAAAUGAAUUUAUAAAUUUACUCGGUUCAAAAGUACGAAAUGAAAUCAUUCACAGGAUAAAAAAUUCAAAAUACUUUUCUAUUAUUUUUGAUUCCACCCCGGACGUUUCUCGUAAAGAACAGCUCUGUCAAAUUAUUAGAUAUAUUAGAGAAGUUAAUAACGAAUUUAUCAUUGAGGAAAGUUUUGUUGAUUUUAUUAAUACUAAUGAAAAGACUGGACGUGGAAUAGCUACUGAUGUAUUACAAAAGCUGGAGAAAGAUGGACUUGAUUUUAAGAACUGUCGCGGACAGGGAUAUGAUAACGGGGCAAACAUGGCGGGAAAAUAUCAAGGUGUACAAGCUCGAUUAAAAGAAAUUAAUAAACAUGCUGAGUUUGUCCCUUGUGCUGCACACAGCCUUAAUUUAAUCGGCGUACAUGCUGCUAGUGUAUCAGUUAAAAUGAUUUCGUUUUUCGGUAUUAUACAAAAUAUAUUUAACUAUUUUUCUGGAUCAACAAGCCGCUGGGAAAUACUAAUGAGUUGUUUAUAA